AUGGGCAAAGAAGAGAGUUCAGUAUUUACCUGUCAUAAGAAUGUCAAAUACAGUUUUGAUUAUUUAAUGGUAAUCAAUGAAUUGUCCUUGACUGACUCCCAAGUCCACCAUGAUGCCAUUUAUGGCACAAUGGAGAGAGCUGCUUCUAAACUUGAUUCUUCCUCUAUCGUGUUUCAUUUCAUGUCAUCAUCAGAUUUACAUGCUUAUGCUGUGAAUUUGUGCAUAUCUAGAAGAAUAUCAGAUAUGAUAUCUUGUCUUAUAUCAACAGCCAAGAAAUACUAUCCUUCUAGACAGCGACUAACCAUCCCUCUCCAACCGGGAUCAAAGGAGAAACCUACAGUUCUUCAAUCAAAGAAAUGUCUCAAAGAGUAUAGUGACGGAAACACUGACAAAUUAACUGUUGUGUUCAAGGACCUUGGUACACAGGUUUCCUACCGUACACUUUUCUUCUGGGAAUACUUGGGUCCGUUGGUGAUCUACCCUGUCUUCUACUACUUCCCCGUGUACCAUUUCUUUGGCUAUAGAGGAGAGCGUGUCAUCCGCCCAGUUCAGACAUAUGCCUUAUACUACUGUCAUCCACUUUAUACUCCUGUAAGUGAUCUCCAAAUGAAGGUUGGCUUUGGGUUUGGAGUAGUUUGUCAAGUUGCAAACUUCUAUUGCCAUUUGUUAUUGAGAAAUCUUCGGAGUCCCAAUGGGAGUGGAGGGUACCAAAUCCCACAUGGGUUUUUGUUCAAUGUUGUGACGUGCAAAUUACACAACAGAGAUUUAUCAGUGGCUGGGCUUCACCGCUUCAAUAUUGCAGCACAGACUGUUGCAGGCUAUAUCUUUAUGGUGGUUGCCUCUUCCAUCAUGACCAACUGGGCCCUUGCAAAGCACCGCCGUUUGAAGAGAGUAAAUUUCUUUUCUUUAUUGCUUAAGUAG